CUGUUGCAAAUACCUUCACUUGAGACUAUAGUUUGGUUACUGUACCACAACAAACCCUCAGCCUCCUGCCUUGACGCACCUGCAUGGUUACCAAAUUUGGUAAUGUUUUCCGGCAGUGUCCUGUGACAAGGUUCUCGAGUAAGCUCUGAGUGAAUCAAACUGCAACGCCGCGCUCGGGUGACUCUAGUAGUACGCUAACAUUCAAAGCAUCGCUUUCUGCCUAUACUUGUGAAACAUAAAUUGACUGGAUUCCUCGUUCGCCAGAAGCUGAGAAGGUCAUUUGGCAUUGGCAGUCCAACAUUGCACUGACGUAACAAGCUACCAACAGGGAACCCAACGAGCCUUCCUCUCUCCGCUCUCUCCCACGCUCCCCCCGCGUGCCACGCCCGCACCCGCCAUGGCCGGUAAAAAGUUGGCGUCCUUCGGCAAGGCCCUGCUGCGCCGCCGGGCUCUGGACUGCUCCCAGGAGGAGUCGCGGUUCGCCCGCUGCCUGUCCACGCUGGACCUCAUCGCCCUGGGCGUGGGGGCCACCCUUGGGGCCGGGGUGUACGUGCUGGCGGGCGAGGUGGCCCGCGAGAAGGCGGGGCCCGCCAUCGUGCUCUGCUUCCUGGUCGCCGCCCUCUCCUCCGUGCUGGCGGGCCUGUGCUACGCCGAGUUUGGCGCCCGCGUCCCCAAGACCGGCUCCGCCUACCUGUACAGCUACGUCACGGUAGGCGAGAUCUGGGCCUUCAUCACCGGCUGGAACCUCAUCCUCUCCUAUGUCAUUGGCACAGCCAGUGUGGCGCGAGCCUGGAGCUCCACCUUCGAUAACCUGGUGGAGCAGAAGAUCUCCAGCUUCUUCAAGGCCUCCAUGGCGAUGCAGGUUCCUGGGGGGGUUCUGGCCGAAUACCCAGACCUCUUCGCCCUCAUCUUGAUCAUGCUGCUUACCGGCCUGCUGGCUUUCGGGGUGAACGAGUCCGCGCUGGUCAACAAGAUCUUCACCGGGAUCAACCUGGUGGUCCUGGGGUUCGUCAUCAUCUCGGGCUUUGUGAAGGGGGACACCCGCAACUGGGCGCUCACCGUGGAGGACUUCUGCAACCGCACCAACAUCACCGCGCCAGAGUCGAUAGAGGAGAUGUUUGGCUCGGGCGGGUUCGCGCCGUUUGGGUUCAGCGGGAUUCUGUCCGGCGCGGCGACCUGCUUCUAUGCUUUUGUGGGUUUCGACUGCAUCGCCACCACAAGCGAGGAGGCCAAGAACCCCAUGCGCUCCAUCCCCAUCGGCAUCGUGGUGUCCCUGCUCAUCUGCUUCUUCGCCUAUUUCGGCGUGUCCGCCGCCCUCACCCUCAUGAUGCCGUACUACAUCCUGAACACCCAGAGCCCUCUGCCCGAGGCCUUCAGCUACGUGGGCUGGGGUCCCGCCCGCUACAUCGUGGCCGUGGGGUCGCUGUGUGCUCUCUCCACCAGUCUGCUGGGAUCCAUGUUCCCCAUGCCCCGGGUCAUCUACGCCAUGGCGGAGGACGGCCUGCUCUUCCGCUUCCUGUCCCGAAUCAACCAGAGGACCAAGACCCCCCUGUUGGCCACCAUCGUCUCUGGCUGCGUGGCAGCUCUCAUGGCCUUCUUAUUUGACCUUGCCGCACUGGUGGACCUAAUGUCGAUUGGGACCCUGCUGGCGUACACUCUGGUGGCUGUGUGUGUGCUGAUCCUGAGGUACCAGCCGGGCAGCCUGAGCUCCUCCGACGGCAGCGGGAAGCUGGAGAACGUGGCGGGGGCGGAGAAGAUGGCCAUGACGGAGGGGGACAGCGGGGACGAGUACGGCCCGGAGCUGGAGACGCGGCCGCUGAAGGAGCGCUUCUCCUUCAGGCUGCUGCUCUCGCCCAGCUGCGACUCCCCCACCAAGACCUCCGGGACCAUCGUCUACAUCACCACCGCUGUCAUCUCUGUGCUGUUCACGCUGCUCUGCGUGGUGCUGGCGGUGUGGGGCCCGGAGGUGGUGGAGGGCCAGCCGCUCUGGGUGACCCUGUGCGGCCUGCUCACUCUGCUCUCCGCGGUCUGCCUGCUCAUCAUCUGGAGACAGCCCGAGAGCAAGGAGGAGCUCACCUUCAAGGUGCCCCUCCUCCCUGUGCUGCCAUUGGUCAGCAUUUUCGUCAACGUCUACCUCAUGAUGCAGCUGGACCUGGGCACUUGGUGUCGUUUUGCCGUGUGGAUGGUUGUGGGGUUCUUCAUUUACUUCGCCUACGGGGUGCGGAACAGCUCGGAGGCCGCAAACGGGUCCUCCCAGAAAUUCGAGCCCGCCCUCAGAGCCAAGAGCCCCAUUUACCUGGCGGGGGAGGACAGCGAGGCCGAGGCCAUGGCGCCCUGAGGGAGGGGGGCGGGGUGGGGAACGCACCCCCACCCCCCACCCCCGUCCGUCCGUCCGUCAUUUCCUGUUACAGCAUCGCACUUCCUGAAUCACCUGCGAAACAUGAGACUCAUCAGCAUCACCUCGCCACUUUUCUGAAGCCUUCUCUGUAAAUGUUUAUCUCUGUCAGACCCGACAGGUUGUGUGAAGCUGACUUAUGGGGCUGAUACCAGUAACAUUUCUCAUGUGCCCCACACCCCCACCCCAAAGAUGUUUAAGAACUGAGUAUUAACAAACCUAGCUCUGUUGGAAGCGCAGAUCAACAGUUAGUACACUUUAGUGUAUUUGCCAAUGUUCUUUGCAAGUAGUUAUGAAGCGUACAAAUUCAGUAACAACAUCCUCUCAGGAUGUCACAGAGAUGUAUUUCCUUUUUUCUUCAGCAUUCGCGUCGAUCGAAAAGAGGGAACUUGGUCGCUUAGACAAAAAAGAAACUUACAGUAUCUUCAGCCCGUGCUGCACACACGCGGUUGCCACGGUUGCCGGUUCUCUCCGCUUAUUGGCCGUGGCCGAGACAGAACCGCUGGGCUGCAAUGUCCGCUGCUGUCUGCCGGGACCAGUCUGGUAUAAACAGGGUAUCGCUGCGUCUUUCUCACCCACUGUGUCACUGCAUUGUCCUCAUUGAUUGUAAUGGCUGACCACAUGCUCCAGCAGAAUCCAGGAGGAGAUCUCUAGCAUACAAGAGAUCUGACUCCCCUAGGGCCUAGUCCCUGUACUUCAUACUGUGUGAGGAUGUGAAGUUGACAAUCUUUGACCCAAGUGAAGGUCAUCUUUCUUGUAUUGUGAUGAGUGCUUCUAUUCAGGAGUAACUGCUUUAUGUUUAUCCUGAUGUAUUUAAGCAGUCCUUACUCAUAUAGACAUACGUCCACAUAUUUUUGUUAAAUACGUCAAUAUAUAGGUCAGAAAAAAAGUGGACAUCUAUAUAAUUUCUGAUAUUGAAGAAUGAAACAUAAUAUUCCCCCAUAUGGACGAGCCCAUAAUUAUUUUUUACUUGAGUUCUUAAUUGUGCCGUAAAUGGACCUGGGUUGGUAGAGAAGCCAAGAGAGGCAAUAUAUAUGAAUUUAUUUUGUGCCUUGACAGAUAGUCAUUACAAAUAUCAAGUAAAUUUAUUCCCAACACUAGUGCACUUUCAAACGGAUGAAACUGCCUGGUCUGAUGUUUGGGAUUCUUAACCGAUGCAUUUGGGAGUGUUUCAUCAGUUUUUUUAAUGCCUUUGGACAUUGGAGUUACUUGAGAUGAGUAUGAAUGUCCUAUACAGAUAUAAAUGUUCUUGUUCUAUCAUAGUAUUUCUCUGUCCUGGUCAUUGAAACCCCCUGACUGAGCUUGUAAUUAAAUCUUGAUCUGAAUUUUGUGAAAUCGAUCUCUGCCGUUACAAGUCUUCUGUUGAUUCAUUUGAGCCAGACAAGUUCUAGUUUCCCUGCGGGAGUGGGGGUGUUGAUGAAGGGAGGUGGGGUUUGCCUACGUUGUCUUCGUCUUGGCACCAAAAGUUUUUUUUUUUUUUCUUUCCCCUCCCCAAAGAGUAUAUUCAUAUUCUGGAGACUGCCGCAUAGGGGAGUGCUUGUAGGAAAAUAAAUAUUUUGUAUAUUCCAGUCCUUUUAGUUUUUGGCUUAGCCUGUCAUUUGAGCCUCCAAACCGCACUAAAAUUAGAAGUGCGAUUGGUGGCUUGGCAACUAUUUCAGUAGCAUUUUUCCAGACAGAUUUCUCAAAGACAGCAGUUUAAAGUUAAUUAAAGACGGUUAGGAGAGGCUAUAACGGCUAGCUUCUGUUGAGAUGACAUGCUUGAAGCUUUAAACUUCACUCAGCUUUGAAGACACUUGUGGUGUCAAAUUGCACGAUAAUUUCACUCAUUCUCUUCCUGCCCUCAGCCCCGAGAAUGCUCAUUCUUCUUCUCUUUUCUGUCUUUUGUAAUCAGUAUUUUAGUCUCCUAUUUUUCUAAGUGUACAUAAACAUGUACAUAUGUGCAUCAAUUUUUUUUAAUAUUUAAUUUUUUUUUUCAUUCAUUUGUUCCUUGCACCAUCAGGUGUAACUAGCAUUUUUGUGAAUAUGUUUUUGAGCUUUUUAAUUGUAAGGCAAAGAUUAAAAAUGUAUUAUUCUUACAGCUUUGAGCCCUGGAUUGAGGUGCCUUGUAUAGCAAAGCGAAAGCCCAGCUCUGUUACACUACUGAAGUCCUGGAAGGACCUUACAAAGCAUAGGAUGAUGUAGUUACAUGUCUUUCUUACAGUGUCACCAGUAUGGCCAAGCCCUUGUGUCAUGGUGUGCUCUUAUGUCUUCUUGCAACUGAAAAAAACCAGCACUUAAGUGUUCUUAAUGUUGUUACAUAUCCAUAUAUAUUCGCUUAUUUAUGUAUAUGUCAUGUUGAUUCUGUGUUUCUGUUCUGUAAAUACAGUAUGUGUUAUGUCUAUUUGAACUUUUAAAUUAAGUGUAUUUCAAAUAAAAUUAUUUAGUUUUACAUGAUAUAUAACCUUGUCUCUCCUAAAAAUAAAAAAGGUUUUUUAAUGAAACCAAUUCAAUUCUAUGUGGGUUUCAUUUUCUAUUGUAAUAUUUUGCAUAUGUGAAUGUCAUGUUAAUUUGAUAUGUAAUCACUUGGUAUCUGUAUUAUACAGCGGAAGAUUUGACCCUGGAGAAUUCUGUGGUGUUGAAAUAUUGAAAUUAAAACCAUUUAUUACA